AUGUCAUCACGUUCCGGUUUGUGAUUCCUGUUAUCACGUAGGAGGAAGUCCUCAAACCAGCCUCCCAAAGACAAAUAAUACUUGAAUAAAACACCGAUCAGGAAUAAAAUAGAGUAUGGAAGCGAACAGACCACGUCAAAGCACAGGAGGAGAUUCCUCUGCACCAGAAGAGGAAGCCAGAAAGGCUGCAGCUGCAGCCAAGGUGGCUAACCGCCUGCCUGAAGUUCGUCUGGUGGUGCUUGGCUGGAGGUGGCCGGGGAAGAGCCUGACUGGAAACACCAUCAUAGGCCGAGAAGAGUUUCGCUUGGAGCGAGCUGCUGAGUUCUGUGUGAAGAGACAGACAGAGGUGCUGGGGCGGCAGGUGACUGUGGUGGACACUCCAGGCUGGUUUUCCAACCAGGAUACACCAGCCUCCUAUAAAGAGGAGAUAGUGAGGGGAGCAUCUCUUUGCCCUCCAGGUCCACACGCCUUCCUGCUCGUCAUCCCCGUGGGCAUGUUCACGGAGGUGGACCGUGCUCGCAUUGAGGAGCAUGUGAGCCUUUUUGGUGAGAGUGUGUGGAGGCAUACAGUUGUGGUUUUCACCUGGGCAGAAGUGUUGAGGACCAUUUCAAUAGAGAGGUACAUCCGCAGGGAGGGCAAGGAGCUGCAAUGGGUGCUGGAAAAGUGUAAGCGAAGGUACUUUGUCAUUAAUAACUGCGUAUUUGGAGAGCAUCCUCAGGUGGAACGCUUGCUGGAGAAAGUUGAGAAAAUGGUGGCAGAGGAAGGGGGCCACUACAACUCAGAGGAGGUGGAGAAACAGAAAAAACCUGUGGAUGAGAACCAGAAUCCAGCCAGAGAGGCGCAAGAGCUGGGGGCACGGCCCAAACAAAACUCUGGGCUGGGUUUGUCCAAAGCCAUGGAGGUUGAGCCCCUUUCCAAUUAACACGACAAGCAGAUGGAUCCUCUAAACCACGACUAACAGAGACCGUGCCUUCCCGUCCUGAUGGCAAAGCUGCUUAAAGGAAAGAGAAAUGGUAAACGACAGAAAUUUUACCGACUGCACAAAUCCGUGUGAUUUAUCUAAGUUAUUUUUUCAAUCAAACAUGAUAAUAUGUGUUUUAGUCGCGUGCAUUCUUUAUGAUGUACUGUUUUCUCACUGUGAUGAUAUGAGAGGCCUUUGCGACAUAAAUCCCUGUUUUCAUGCUCUCCAAAGAUUUACGCUCCUCUGGUUUAAUAUAUGAUGAUAUUUUGAACUAAGGUUAGUGAGACGUUUGUAGAUUUGUAAUAGUGUGUUGGGGGUUGUGUGAUGGGAUGGAUUUAAUUUAAUGUAAAACAAGGAAGCACAAGCUGUUACACAGUCAACCAUGUUCCUUUCCAUACACUCCUGUACAUGACUGAUAACAAUGCACUACUAAACUGUCACUAUAAUAUCCUGUCAAUGACUGUUAAGGGAAUUGUUUUUUCAACGAUUCCCGUUUGUUGUGACCAAACUGUAAAUGCUUUUCUCAUGUUGUAAUGUUUAUUACACUCACAGUGCGCAGUUAUAAAGCACUGAGGCAGUUAUUGAUUUUUGUUUGUUCUACAUUGCCUUAAAGAAAUUGUUCUACUUUCCUCAAAGGGGUCUUUAAGAUGUUUAUAUCACUUUGUGGCAGAGGGUUGUGUUUGAGGCAAAGCUGUACCACCAUGUACAGCUGCAACGUUUAGCCUGAGGGCAUAAAAUUAAUCAGCAAUUAUUUUAAUAAAUCAUUUAAUUAAUCUUUGAUUUUUGGAGUGUUGGUUGGUUGAAUGUAAUUGGUAUUUUGCUAGUUUUUGACAUUCAGUAUUUUAAAAUACUCUUGGUUAAAUGAUUUAUCAUUUAUAGUUGAUUUAUAAAUUAGCCUAGAAAAUUUUCAAAUAUUGAAUGGUAUUUUCAAAAACAGUAAAAAAUACUGAUCACAUCCAGUCAUUUGUGGGCUAAAUGAUUUAUCAUUUAGUUGAGAAUUAAUUUAAAAAAUAAUUGGCACAUGAAUAGAUAAUGAUAUUGAUCAUUAGAAGCAGCACUGUUUCUCUAUUUUCAGACAAUCUGAGAAAAAAUUUAAGUCAAAAGUCAGCAUAGAUGUUCUCGAAAGUUUGCCAGAUCUGUCUUGAAGCAGCUACUUUCACUACUUUCCGACUUGUCGUUCCUGCAGAAGCAGGUUUCACAGCCCUCAUGGGAAAAGUGUUUGUAGCUGCUGUUAGUAAAGGGCAUGAGAGGUUUCUAGGCGGUAUUGAGCGGACCUGAUGAGGCGAGUGUGAAGUUUCCACGCAGGAAGAGUUAAAAAGGCUCUACACAAGGUCAUUGUGGGCAUUGUGUUGUCUUCCAUUAUGAAACCACCCUUUGAAGUACUUGUUGAAGCGCUUCUUUUUAAAUAUCUUAGUGGCUAUGGCUCCUGCCAAGACAGUUGAUGAGUUAGUUAUUCCAGAUGGUCACAGAUGUGAGCUGUGUCACUCUCUGAUCAGAGGCAAGAAGCUAUUCAUAGUAGUCAUGUUGGAGUCCUUUUAUGUAGAUUUUUUUUAUAAUAAUGGCAUUGAAAUUAGUCACCGUUUUGUCUGCGUGGUGCACAGCUAAAAGGACUCACUGUACAUGUAUGUAAAUGAUCCUGCUGUCACAGUAACGUGCAUACGUGCAAAAGAAAGCGACUAGCAAGCAUGAUGCAUGAAGGUAAACAAUGAAUGAAGUUAAAUAUUUGAAAACCAGCUUGACCUCACACACUCACCUGAAAAUCUUUGCUGACCUCCAGUGGUUUCACUGUUCACGUUGCUGCAGGGAGUGCAGGAGGGCUUCAGGAGCCUGUGAUAUCACUGCUGGUUGUGGAUACUGGUGCAGCAGAGCACAUUUCCCACCACACCCACCAGUCGUCCUGUAUACUGUUAGAGGUGAAACAGACUUGAAACUCUGAACCAGAGAAAGCAGUGAAACAGUUUUCAGCCUGGUGUUAAGUUACUCUUUAAGGAUACAAAUGAUGUGUUUUGGUGAGAAACACUGAGUGUAAACACAACAUAACAUAACCACCAAAACAAAAGAUUCAUCCUGUAUCACUCCACUCCUACCUGUUGUAGUGACUCUUUGCCUUGAACAUACCCCUCUGCUGCAGAUCAAUUCACAUAUUAUUUUACUUUGAACUAGUUUUAGUUAACCUGGUGAAAACAAACAAACAAAAAAACGUUAAAUGUCACAGAUCAUUUGUCAGUUUUGGCCCUCAGGACCUGCUGGUUUUCAAUCUAGCCAUCAAAUGUGGACCCUUUUUCAGUGAGACACCAGGUGAAUGCAAUCACCAAGAUGGUCUGAUGGAAAACCUGUGAGGCCUCCCGAGAGCCAGGAUUUAAAACAACUCACUUUAGGCCUUCUAUCAUAGGUUUGCUGUAAAUACUAGAUUUGUUUCUUGAAAGCAGUUGUUUGUCUUUUGCAUGAAUGUAUUUAUAAUCUCUCAAGUACAGCUGUGUACUCAGAUAUGCACUAUAGCUAUUUCACCUUGUAUGGGCAAAAACAUGUAUGUUGAUGCUUAACACAGAAGUGUGAGACAGGAAACAGGUCUGCUGUAGACCUGUUGUACACUGGUCCCCAAAUUGCUCAAUGUUACUGAUAUAUAUAUUUUUUUAUUUCACGUUCAGGGUUUGAGAAAAUGUGUCUUUUAAAUUAUUCACAGUUGGUUCAGUGUCACUUGGCAACUUUUUCAGUGAUAUGAGGUUUCAAAGCAACAUGGAACAACUAACCCACCAGUCACAAAACAGAUGAAUUAUUUAAUAUGUGAAGGGCAAGAUCCUUUUACAAAUCUUUUUUAAAAAAAUGCCAAACAAAUUGAUUCCAUAAAGAAUAUUAGUCACAAAAUAAGGUCAGGGUACAGCAGAUGUGUAGCAUACACAGAAACCUAAUAUACCCCACCUCUGUAACAAUGUGUGUAAUGGUGAUUUAGUUACUGUCCAAGUGCAGCAUGUGAAUCAAGUUACUGUUAAGAAAUUUAUGAAAGUGUCGUCGCUCUGAGCUUUCCUUGUACGCUUUGUAAGCCUUCAACAUGUCUUAUUGGCUGACAGAAUUUUACAGUAGAUUUGCUGGUUAAAGAUGGAAUGGCUUUAUUUUAACAAGAACUGCACUGUGUCGUUUCUCUAUUAGGUCCAAAUAAAUAUAUACUCUGAUUGAA